AUGUCCUUAAGCUUGUGCCUCACCGGUGAGGCUUUGACAGUUGUGGGUCGGAUGACACCAGAGCAGUCAUUGGAUUAUUCUAAAGUCAAACUUUCCCUGCUACAGCGGUUUCGUUACACCACUGAAGGGUACAGAGAGAAAUUCAGGGAAAGCAAGCCAGAGGAGGCAGAGACGGGGAAACAAUUUGCAGCCCGACUUCUUGGGUACUUUGAUCGCUGGGUUGAAACUGGAGAAAUUUCGAAGACGUUCGAGGCCCUGAAAGAUCUGAUAGUUGCGGAACAGUUCUUAAAAUAUUGUCACCCAAUGCUAUCAGUCUUCUUAAAAGAGAGGAACUGCAAGACGCUCGAAGACAUGGCAGUAACCGCGGACCACUUCUUAGAGGCGCAGGGCCAAACUAACUUGGCAAAAAGGAACAACGACAGCCUGAACAGCAACAAGGGUGGAGAUCGAAGUAAGGAGGAUACCCGAAUGCCACCCACCGCUAGGGGGAGGAAUCAAUGUUUUCUCUGCAACAAGCCAGGUCACAAGGCAGCAGACUGCUGGGCGAGCACCAAGGCUCAACGCUUACCCGUGUGUUGGAGAUGUGGGAAAACGGGACACAAGGCAGCAGCAUGUCACUGGAAACCGCAAGACAAGCAGGAUAGACCUCCUCAGGCUUCCUGUAUGCUUUCCGUUCGACCAACACCUGACGAGACCGACCCAGAUGACACAUAUGUACUACUGAAAAACGGGGACAAAAUCCCAGUGGUGAAUGCGGCACUUGGAAAGGCUCCACGAUUUCUAGUAGAAAACAUGCCAGUGGUUCGGGGAGAAGUGGGAGAUCGAGCUGCCACAGUAUUGCGAGACAGUGGGUGUAACACGAUUGUAGUGAACAGAGACCUGGUUACGGAUGAUCAGCUAACUGGGGUUUCCAGUCCGGUGUUUUUGCUGGAUAGGACGGUCAAAUAUCUGCCAGAGGCAGAAAUUGAAGUAAGAACGCCUUAUUUUACAGGCAAGGUAUUGGCGAAGUGUAUGGAGAACCCUCUGUAUGAUUUGGUACUCGGGAACAUUGAAGGGGCGAGAGGGAUUGAUGAUCCAGAUGAGGAAUGGGAGGGAGAAGGAUCAGGGAGAUCUAAAAGAAGUGAGGAGAGUAACAUGCUGAUAAGCACGUCCGUGCGGCACGAGACUGCCGGCAGGAUGACUCAAGACGAGGGUGAAAGGGUGCCAGACGACGGUGUUCUGGAUAAAGAAAGAAAAUACGCAGGGGCGCUCAGAAAGGGGCGCUCAGACAGCCAAAGGACGAUUUCCGAGUUACCAGUCAUGACAUUGGAUCGGAUUGACAUUGACCACGCUAAGCUGAAGGAGGCACAACGUAGUGAUGAAACACUGAAGAGGUGUUUCGCUGUCGUUGGCACAGCGUUUGUGUCGGGAAAAUCGCAGGAAUCCGAGUUCUUUCUACACAACUAUAUUCUCUACAGUAGAUACAAGGACUCGUCGCAAAAACAGUGGAAACAGCUGGUGGUCCCCAAAGAAUUUCGGCAGAUUGUGUUGAAGCUCGCACACGAGGGGAUCAUGGCUGGCCACCAAGGAACAGGAAAAACCACCGAUCGUAUUCGUGAGGAAUUCUAUUGGCCGGGAAUAACAGCGGACGCGAAACGAUUCGUGAAAUCGUGCGACAUUUGUCAGAGGACUAUCCCGAAACACUUGGUUAUCAGGGCACCCCUAGAAAAUAUGCCUAUCAUUAGUACACCAUUCCAUAGAGUUGGCAUAGAUAUCAUCGGACCUAUCAAUCCGGGUUCAGAGUCCGGCAGCAGGUAUGUUCUGACGGUGGUGGACUUCGCACCAGAUACCCUGAUGCAAUCCCAUUGA